CGAUCGGAAAAAAUGUCAAUGGCUCUAAGUAUCAGAAAAGCCGCCGGAGCUUCGACACUGUUCAAAUUACUCAACUCCAAAUCCCAAAUUACUACUGCCGCUCCUUCAAUCACACGCUUUUUUUCCUCCAUUACAACUUCAGAUUCAAAUUCCUUGAGCAAUGAGCAGAAAAACUCUACUGAGCCAAUUCUGGUGACGGGUGCUCCACAAGAAUUCAAGAUGGAGAACCCGUUUCAGUCAGUAGGACCAAAAGAGGUGCUAGAAGUGGAUACACUGAAGGAUGGUAUACUUGUGAGAGUGGCAAUGCCUGGCGUUGGUGAAGAUGGGAUUAAGGUCUGGUUAGAGAACAACACGGUUUACUUCACUGGCAAAGGAGAAAUAGAAGUGGAAUCUGAGGAAUCAGGGAGGAAAUACGGAGGGAGUCUCGAGUUUAGUACUGAUUGCUGUAAAGCUGAGAAGGUUGAAGCACAAAUGAAAAAUGGUAUUCUUAGAAUGGUAAUUAAAGGUGAGAUGGGACAAGAUUGAAUGUCUUAAUGUUCUCUUUUUGUUCAUCUUGUUGAUAUAUCCUUUGUAGUAUGAAAACUUUGUACUAUUUUGGGAAAUGCUUGUUCAAUGGUCUAUACUAUAUGAUGGUUGUUG